CGUCUUGCUGUCCCUUUUGUUCCGCUUCUUCUCCGGCCUCUCUGUUGCUGUUCGUGGCUAUGGCGAGGUAUGUGCUAUCCUCGCAUCGACUGUGCUUGGUGGCGGAGUUCCUUGUGCUUACUUCGUGUGUGCUUCUUGCAGCGACCUCACUGCCGAUUGAUAGGAGGACACCUUCUUGUGUGAUUUCGCGUUUUGGCCAGGGAGGGCUUCUUUCCGUCCGAACCGGCUGAGGUCCUUUCUUUCCUCUGGUUUUCUUCCUCCUUGUGGCGGGUGCUGUGACAGUUCCGGUGCGUGGCGGCGAAGAUUCCUAACCUUGAGCUCGGUGAUGGGAAUCCAACUCUAUUGGUACGUGUAUCAAGGUUAUGGGAAUAUCAUGACCAGGACGAUGAAGGCGACUUACGCCAUAUUGGUCUUGUUUUGGUUGGUGAGAAGGGAUAUGCCAUUGCUGCUAUGAUUUAUCCUCCAUGGGGCAAGAAAUUCAAACCACUGAUCAGCGAAGGCAAGGUCUACUUGCUUACCUACUAUCGGGUCAAGCCAUGCACCAAACAUUACAGGCCAGUUGACAACAAGAUGAUGAUCAAUUUCACCAGAUGGACUGGUAUAGAAGAAUAUGUUGACGUACAAGCUGGCUUUGGUCACUAUGCUUAUACUCUCACACCUUACCAAGAGCUCCGCUCUCGUGUCGACAGGAAAGACUCUUUCACAGAUGUGAUUGGAGUGAUCACUGACAUAUCAUCUGUGACAACUGUUCGGACACGUGUUAGAGACAGUGACAGUUUAAAAAGGAAUGUCUACAUGCGCAAUGCUGAGUUAGCACUCAUCCCUUAUUUACUACUCCAUAUUAUUAAUGCAUUUUCUGAUGUUUUCUAACCCCUCUCAAAUAAUCUGUCAUCUACAUCAGACAAUCACUGUCAUAACAUUUUUCUUUCAUACUGGGCAUAUUGCCUUGCCCUGACAACUGCUUUUAUUCCAACACACCACUGUUUUGGGUUUGAGACUAACUACUUACCAUACCACAAUUCCUCUUUGAUUUCUUUUAAACAUACACAACAUAGAAAUGAGACAACAAAUAUUGUGUUAUGGGGAGAAAGAGCUACAAGCUUUCCUGCAGAUGAAAUUCUCAGUGCUGGCAAGGAGAAGCCACAGAUAGUUAUCUUUGUUGGCACACUUGUCAGGGGACAUGGAUGGAAUGUUUCGUUGUCGGGUAACUCUGCUUGCAAAUGGUACAUAAAUAUUGAUGUGCCAGAGGUCAACACCCUCGCUGCUAGUGUUGAAGGGAAUUACGAGGCAAUCAAAUGGAUUGAUCUCCCAGCUGCACCUAUUCUUCAGAACAACUGUGAACAGAAGACAAUCGCUGAGAUAAGAGACCCGCACCCUUUUAAGUUCAAGAAACAUGAAUUCUCAGUGACUGUCGUGAUAAAGAAACUUAACAUGGAGUAUUCUUGGUGGUAUACUGCAUGCGAUAUAUGCAAGAAGACAGCAAAGCCAUAUGGAAAUCUAUAUAGGUGUGGAAACAGCACAUGCCCCCCAACUGGCUCAGCUUCACCUAGGUUCAAACUCAGUGUGAUAGCAGGAGAUGACACAGGAGAUACUACAUUUAUUAUCUUUGGGCAUUUAGCGCAGAGGCUGAUUGGUCGUUCAGUUGAGGCACUGAUGCUGGAAAAUCCAACUGGCAAGGGCUGCAUAUCCAGAGAGAUCACUGAUCUGCUUGAGAAAGAAUUUGUGUGGAAUGUGAGUUUCACAGAGAACACGGUCUCUAGCGGCAUUGUUGCUUUUCAAGUGAACAGAGUUGUUAAGGGUGCUCAGAGUCAUUCCCUUGCUCUCUUGCAAUCUCCAUCUGGAUCCCAGACAUCUUCUCUGAUGCCUUGCAUGGCUCUAUCGCCGGUUGCAUCUCAGGAUACUUCCAUUGGCCAGCCCAUAGCAGCCAGCCCAUCAGCUGGGUUCAGUGAUGCUCAACGCACUCUGAGUAGCCCACCAAUCAAUACAGAAAAGGAUAAGAACACAGGAAAUGAAUAUGCAUCCAAGAGUCCUGCACAGGAUGCUGGUGAUAAUGAAGAUUGUUAUGAGGAUGAUGAGGCAGUCAGCCUUACACAAGUGGCUUCUGCCCCUGCAACUAAGAACAGCACCUCAAAGGCGUACAAAAAAAGGCCUAGGCCAUCUCCUGGAACUGGUGCUGCUAAGAAACUGUUCAAAGAUGAUGCUGCUGAUGAUACUGAUGGUGCCACUGGUGGCAGUGCCAUCAGCAAGGCCUGAUACAUCAAGCAGAAUGGCUAUUGUUUUUUGCUCUGUUAGCCUUGAUCCUGAGAAGCCCAGCAUUACUAAAAGGCUUUUCUUCACACCGAUCAAAAGGAAUCUAUGGCUAAUGUUAUUAUGAUAAUUCUAGAGACUGCGUUGUUGCCGUGUUGCAUGAGUGCAUGUCAAACCAAUUAAGCUAGACUUACUCC